GGACCCGGAGCUCCGAGCAGCAGACUGAGCCUCUCACGUCAGAACCACGGACUAACGUGGACUAUCCCGGACUAACUGGACUGUAGCGGACUGUGUCGGUGUGGAUUACUCUUUGUGGACUUUAUUAACGGGACGGUACCGGUACCAGGAGCAGCCUGCUGCGGACCUUUGUUCUGAUCCUGGACCUGCUGGACUUUCUGAACAACAUGACUCUGGAGGAGCUGGUCGGAACCAACGGCACCGAGAAACGGAUGGAGCCCGGUCCGGCUCUGGAGGAGCUGCUGGUGGCGGCGCAGCGGGAAGCCUGUCUGACGGUGGGAGUGUACGAGUCCGCCAAACUCAUGAAUGUUGACCCGGACAGCGUGGUUCUGUGCGUGCUCGCCACGGACGCGGAGGACGAUGACGACAUCGCGCUGCAGAUCCACUUCACGCUGCUGCAGGCGUUCUGCUGCGACAAUGACGUCAACAUCCUGCGCGUGUCCGGCAUGCGCAGGCUCGCGCACGUGCUCGAGGGGAGCCCCGAGGACUGUAACGGGAACGAGCACGAGCCCCGGGACCUGCACUGCAUCCUGGUCACGAACCCUCCGGUCCAGCCGCUGCAGAGUCUGGCCCUGCAGAGCAUCAGCAGCUUCUGUGAGGAGAGCCGCUGUCGGAACCAGUGGGUCCCGUACCUGGAGCUGCAGGACCGCUGAGCCCGACCGGGACCAACCAGAGCCGAGUCAGACCGCUGAGGAGCGGUGAGAGUCCAAACAGCCGAACCUGCUGAACAGGAGCCACGGCGUUUGAGUUGAGACAGGAAUCGGACCGAACCGGACCGUCCUGCCGCCUGAACACAGGAUUGAUUUGAGCGGAGGGCGCCUGAGACACCGGGACCGGACGGGUUCUGAAAGCUGGAUCCGGAGUAUCCGGGUCAGGAGCUGCAGAGUUUGAUGACGUGACGCGUGGCUGAGCGGCAGCUGCUGCUCACCUGAACUGUCACAUGACACGUGACGUCACAUGACGUCCUUAUGAACUGAGUGAUGUCACGGAGUACGCUGUGACAUCACAGCUGUGACAUCACAGCUGAUUUUAAAGGGACAGAGCUUGUUUAUGAAAACUGUUUGAUCUAAUCAAUAAAUUUACUGAUCGACACGAAA